AUGUUUGAACGAACCGACUCGGUGCUAUUGUACUUUACCUAUGCCGCCCUUAUGACAGCGCUGAUAGUGUGCAGCGUCUUGUCACCGAUCCAGGUGCGAUCCGUUGGUGAGCGGAAACUAUGUGCCUAUGGUGUGGCAAUUGUGUACGACUUGCCACCCAGCACCUGGCCCGUGGCAUCGGACAGCCCCUCAGAAAUGAGUAGUAACUCAUCACAGCCCUUCGAGAUUGCGCGUGUUAGCUUGUCCCUGGCGCAGCUCCCCUCUUCGACACUGACACGCUGCAUGACUGCUUACCUUUUUUUUGCUGCAUUGUGCCUCCUCACGUGCGUUUCACUCCUCAUCUCCCUGGUUGUUCAGGUGCUGCCGGUGAAGCACGACCGCGCUGUCAUCGUUGUUACACGGGUAUUCACCGUGCUCGUGCCUCUCGCUGCAGUUUUAUGCUUUGCUAUGGCAGCCGUUCUCGGGCUCCAGGCAGGUUUAUAUCACCACGUGGCAGCAGGGUACUACUCUGACACGGGGAGUGACAACCUCGUUAGCAAGCUGCGCUCCGGGUUCUUUUCCUCCGUCGCGGCGGCGAUCCUCGGAGUCUCGGUAGCUCUGCUGUCUCCUGUGCUCAGCAAGUGGUGA